UAUGACCCCAAUGCCGUGCCAGAACUACGACGUGCUCAUCGUUGGCGGCGGCGUCGCCGGCUGCUCGCUCGCCCAUGCGCUCUCGACGGUCCCCCGCGCCAAACCUCUCCGGAUCGCCCUCGUCGAACGCUCGCUCGCCGAACCCGACAGAAUUGUCGGCGAACUCUUGCAACCCGGUGGUGUGAUGGCGCUGCAGAAUCUUGGGCUGGAGUGGUGUCUCGAGGGGAUCGACGGCAUCCCCGUGCGGGGGUACUGCGUCGUGGAGGACGGCAAGUCGGUGCACAUCCCGUACCCAGGCAAGCACGAGGGCCGGAGUUUCCACCACGGACGCUUCAUCAUGAAGCUGCGGGAGGCUGCGAAGAAGGCAAAGGGCGUGGUCGUCAUCGAAGGCACGGUGUCCGAGCUCGUCACCAGGGACUACAGCGGCAGGAUCGUCGGCGUACAUGUCUCGCAGAAGACGGGCGGGGUAGAGACGAAGACGACGAUGUACGCGGACGUUGUCAUUGUCGCGGACGGGUGCUUCUCCAACUUCCGCAGCUUCGUCAUGGACUCGGCGGCGGUGAAGCCGGAGACGAAGAGCCAUUUCAUAGGCGCCGUUCUGGAGGACGCUCGGCUCCCGAUACCUAACCAUGGCACCGUCGCGCUCAUCAAGGGCUUUGGGCCAGUACUCCUGUACCAGAUCUCGGAGCACGACACACGGAUACUCGUCGACCUCAAGCAACCCCUUCCUUCCGACCCCAAGGCCGUCAUCCUUGAAGAGAUUCUCCCUCAACUGCCCUCCUCUCUGCAUCUCCCUAUCCAAGCUGCCCUCGAGAAAGACCGCCUACGGCGCAUGCCCAACUCCUUCCUGCCUCCCAUCGAGCAAGGUACGAACAACACGAAAGAAGGCGCUAUUCUGAUUGGCGACUCAUGGAAUAUGCGGCAUCCUCUCACUGGUGGUGGUAUGACCGUCGCUUUCAACGACGUUGUCGUGUUACGCGACCUGCUCGGUUCGGUUGACGAUCUGAAGGACUGGGACAAGGUCAAGAAGGCGCUUCAUCGAUGGCACUGGGGCAGGAAACCCCUGGCGUCGACGGUCAACAUCCUCAGUGUCGCUCUCUACGACCUGUUUGGCGCAGAUGACUUCGAACUGCAAGUGCUACGAACAGGGUGCUUCAAGUACUUUGAACGUGGAGGUGAAUGCGUAAACGGGCCUGUAUCACUUCUUUCUGGCAUCGCACCCUCACCGUCCCUCCUCGCAUACCACUUCUUCUCCGUCGCCUUUUACUCCAUCUGGGUGAUGUUCACCCACCCUGCGCUCGUCUCCUCUUCCUCCGGGGACAAACCUGUCUACGCGACACCCAGCGUGCUGGACUAUCCUUACCUGCUCAUCAGGGCGGUUCGCGUCUUCUGGACAGCGUGUGUCGUUUUUGGGCCGCUGCUGUGGACGGAGGUGCGCUGGUGGGCGGCGAACGAGACGUCGAAGCGAAACCACUUCGUCGCAUCUGCUGUCAUCCCUCUCGCGCUACUUUACCUUGCUACUACCUUCGGUCUGCCUAGUUUAGGACUUCUCGGCGUUCAUUG